AUAUAUAUAUGUAGCAUGUACUAUUCGUAUUUGUGCCAUUAAAUUAAAACAUUAAGACCUUGUAUAACUACCAAAAUAAUUGUUUCUUUUCUAGCCAAAUAUUUUUCUAGGAAAAUGGGUGACCAUAAUGGUCUACUAAAACUAAUUCUUAAUCACUACAGGAAUACGAAACAAAUUCGUAGCUUGGAAGAGUUACGUAAUGAGUCUGAGCUAUUUCCGGGUGUAAAAUUCCGGCGUUGGUUUUGCAUGCCGGCGGGUGUGGCUCUUCAGUUCUGCGUGGGGUCCGUUUACGCGUUUAGCGUUCUCAAUAAACCAGUCGAUGAGCAUGUCGAUGGCAUGAUUAGCAAUCGGACGCCAAUCACUUUUACCAUUGCCAUUGCCCUCCUCGGCUUCUCCGCCGCCCUCAUGGGACCAUGGUUGGAAAGAAAUGGACCCCGAAAAGCAGCACUGCUAGGAACCAGCUUGUUUUUUCUAGGAAAUCUAUUGGCAUCACUUGCCCUUUAUCUCAAGUGGAUGUGGUUGAUAUGGAUAGGAUACGGUCUGGUGGGUGGGGCCGGUAUCGGGUUAUGCUACAUUGCGCCAGUUUCUGCACUUCAAAAGUGGUUCCCAGACCGAAGGGGUUUAGCCUCAGGGGUUGCUGUUGCAGGAUUCGGAUCUGGAUCUAUUGCGAUGGCCAAAGUUCAGGUGUGGUUGCUGGCUCUGGUGGGGCUGCCAUCAACGUUUCUCAUUCUUGGCUGUAUAUAUUUCAUAGUAAUGGCCUUAGCAUCUUUUGUGCUUCGAUCGCCUCCUCCCAAUUAUCAACCUAAAGCGAUGCGUGAAAUCGAGCAAACUAAACAAAACUCAAUUAGUGUGGCUGACGAACAAACUUUGAUUACUGAUCUAAAAUCUGUAGACUUUCGAUUAAUGUACUUGGCUUUCUUGGCAAACAUAAUGUUUGGUCUUGUUCUCAUCUCUCGUUUUUCCAACAUUGUAACCGAUAUAUUUGGACGAGGCAAAGAUGAAGCAGCCAGCGUUGUUGCGAUAAAUGGUGGCUUCAACUUGGCUGGACGUCUCAUUUUUUCAUUAUUUUCAGAUUUUGUAGGAAGGAAAAAUUGUUACGUUUUUAUGCUCUCUACUCAGCUUGCGAUAUUGGCCAUAUUUUCCACCUUGACGGAUACAAAGGCGUACUAUCCAUUUCUUGCCGCAAUGUGGAUACUCACGUCCUGUUACGGUGCAGGCUUCAGUGUAAUACCUGCAUUUCUGUCGGAUAAGUUUGGAACGUACAAUGUGGGGGCAUGUCAUGGGGUAAUUCUCACAGCGUGGUCAACGGCUGGAAUAGUGGGUGGCAUAAUAUUCACACUAUUGUUUAAUGACCUCAAUGACCCAGAAAACCCAAGUAAUCCGUUUGCAUACAACGUUAACUCGUGGUGGCUGUUGGCAGUGGUGGUGGUUGGGUGGGGAGCUGCACUUAUGGUUACACCCACAGAAAGAGAUCAAUUGGUAUGGAGAUUCUUCAUGUGCAGACACGAAACGCCACAACUGGAGGGCAGCAAUAAAUUGAAAUUGGAGGAAGUACAACCAGUGCAAUAAUAACACGUGCACAUACUUAUGUAAAUUUGUAAGGGACAUAAUUAUGUAUAGUUUAUUGAAAGUGAAAAAUGUAGAAAAAAUUGAUUAAAGUAAACUAUUACAUAUUACUACUCACAA